AUCCUGUCUUGGGUUCUGAAGGAAAUUAGUGUUGUAUCCCCUUACUGGGUUCGACCACACAAGUCUUAAUUUAUGUUUUUAAUCUUAGGACACCUGUUUUUAAUCUUAGGACACCAAGAAUAUCUAUUCAAAAACUAUAUGUGACUUUCUGGGUUUAGAGUAGUACUGAAAGACAGUGGUGAUCAAUAAAUGUCAGCAAUUUGUGUGUGUCUGUGUCCGUGUCUGUGUGCCCGUGUGUGUGUUCACAGUGGUAGUUGUAGAUCUGAGCCUGCCUUCACUCCUCUAUCUUGAAAUUAAAAGCUCCCAGCAAAUUUGAGCAAGCAAGCUGAUGUGGUUGCCUCAAAUUUUAGACCUUUACUCAGGAAAUUGAUGGAGAUGUUCUGGUCAUUUUUUAAAUCUUUGGGGCUUGGAGAACAGAAGUAGUUUUAAUGGUUAAAUUUACUCAAAGCAUCCCUGGGGUUCAGAUUCACCAGUCCUUGCUGAGCAGAAGUCCAUGCCCUGGCAGCUUAAUAGACUCUAAAGGAAGGGACACCCCCUCCCAAAAAGAUUGACCAGAGAUAGAAAAAGGAGAGACAUUGUAAAAAAACAUAAAAUGUUCUACUCUGGUCAACAUGAAGAUUCUUUACACUGAAGAAGUAGCGACUCUUCCUUGCUUAAGAAAGAUUAUUAAUCUUUUAAUUUUCUGUAGUCUACAUAAAAAGAGAAAAUUAAUAGAAAAAUACUCAAACUCUCUUAUUCAACAGCUCUGAAGGAUUGUUACGUUGCUCUUUUUUAUUUUUUCCUAUCCAGUACAAGGCCACUGUCCCUUGCCCAUUGGUGACAGUUACAUGUUAAGCAGCCACUUCUCCAGUUGCUGAGAAGAGCAACGAAGUUGUCUGUAGUUCCAACUUUCACAGAUCACAAACAAAACAAAGAUGAGAAAGGCAGAUGAAGAAAGAAGAUUUGAUUCACCACUGGCUGUAUGACAUUCUGGGUGGAUGGAAGAUAGUAAGCAGAUGUAUCCAUCUGAAGGCAACACUUGUCUGUCUUGGUCCCAGCUGACUGUGAGCACCCAUAACAAUGUCUAGCGGAUCACAUAUAUCUACUGAAAGACAAAAGAAAGGGCGGAGGAACUGUUCACAUGACUUGCGCCAGAUCCUGGUCUCACCUUGGUUAGCAGGACCCUGUCUUUCUCCUUAGAAGAGAGUUCUAACCAGAUUUUUCCAUGUCUGUGGUAAACGUUCAGCCAAAGACAGAGAAACACAUCGGUAUUCAAUAAUGUAAUACCUAUCAUAGCCUAUGUUCCAAAAUUCUUAAACUUCCCAGAAAUUAGUUCUAUUCCAUGGAAGUAAACAAGAAAGAAUCAGGGAUAUUUCCAUGUACUUAUUUGUUCAGACACAUGUAAAGGGAAGCCAAUAAAUAAAUAAAUAAAUAAAUAAAUAAAUAAACAAACAAACAAACAAUAGGACAUUUUUGAGAAAAUUCUAAGCUACAGUUCACUGAUUUACAUAUAGGCAAUUCUCGGGCAACUGAGAGGCACUGAGUGCUCAGAGCCCAGGUCGGGCUGGCCUCCUGCUUUGCUGGCACUCCUGUCUGGCAGGCUGUGCUGACAGCGUAAAUCAAGGGAUUAUUAGAUUGACCAUAUGCCCUAGGCUUUUGUUUCUUUGUUUUUGUUUUGGGACAGAGAUAGGAAAGUUGUAGGGGGCCCCAGAGAUCUAUGAAAAAGAAGACAGAAAAGAAGGGGGAGGGGAAAGAAAUUUGCAGGGAUAGGUGAUUUCUGCUGUAAAAGUCUGGACACAAUGUGAGUUUGGUUCCGGCAGAAGCCAACUGGCAUGUGGGUCAAGAAUUAGCCUACAGGGAUGCGAGGAUAACAUCUCCUGAGUAUGUCUCUAAAUUACAUCAGAAACUUCUGUGAAGGAUGUGUGAAGCCUCCAACCGUGGUCGGUCAAUUCCACACACUUUUCUUUGGAUCCGUCCGAAUGUUCUUCCUCGGGGUGUUAGGCUUCGCGGUCUAUGGGAAUGAGGCUUUGCACUUCAGUUGUGACCCAGACAAGAGAGAAAUAAACCUCUUCUGUUACAAUCAGUUCAGGCCAAUCACUCCCCAAGUGUUCUGGGCAUUGCAACUAGUGAUUGUCCUGGUUCCUGGGGCUACUUUCCAUCUUUACGCUGCGUGUAAAAGCAUCACUGAAGAAUGCAUUCUUCAAAAGCCCAUCUACGCUGUGAUUUAUAUAGUCUCCAUUUUAUUAAGAAUCAGCCUAGAGACGAUAUCAUUUUGGCUUCAGAUUCACCUCUUUGGUUUCCAAGUCAAGCCUCUCUACCUGUGUGAUGCUGGAGCCCUGGGGAAAAAUCUUACUAUUAUAAAAUGCAUGGUGCCAGAACACUUGGAGAAGACCAUUUUUCUCAUUGCAAUGUAUACAUUUGCUGCAAUUACAAUGGUAUUAUGUGUUGCUGAGGUUUUUGAGAUCACAUUUAAAAGAUUAUGCUUUCUAAUUAAGCAGUGACCCAAAUGGUGAUUAUCUGCUGUCAUGGCACAGUUAUUUAUCAAUCAUUUUAAUUUGUUUUUACCUUAUUGAGUAUCUUAAU